AUGAUGGUGACCCAGGACGACGACGAGGCCCUGCUCCGUUCUCCACGGCCACGGCCUCUGCUGGUACAAACACACGUGCCCUACUCCCUGCUUCCCGAUGCCAUCACGGCAGAGGGCUCCGGGUGCCGGCUCGUGUACGUGUGCCGGGAUCCCAAGGACAUGCUGGUCUCCUUCUGGAACUUCUACCUCAAGGAAGCGGCGACGCUGGCCGCCGCCGGUUGCGGCGGAGGCUGGGUCGGGGAGUCGGCGGCGGCAGGCCUCACCAAAUUCGAGGACGUCUUCGAGCUCUUCUGCGAGGGACGGUACCCCGGAGGCCCGUACUGGCGCAACGCCCUGGAGUUCUGGCACGAGAGCCAGAGGAGGCCCAACGAGGUGCUGUUCCUAAGGUACGAGGACAUGCUGGGAGAUCCGGUCGGUAAUCUCAAGAAGCUAGCGGCGUUCAUGGGGUGCGCGUUCUCCGAGGAGGAGGAGGAGGCUGGGGUGGUGGAGCAGAUCGUGGAGCUCUGCAGCUUGGCGAGUCUCAAGAGCAUGGACGUGAACAAGAAUGGCAGUACGGUGCUGGCCUUCAGGAAUGUGGCAUACUUCAGGAAGGGGCAGGUCGGCGACUGGAAAAACUACAUGACGCUGGAUAUGGCGGCGAGGCUGGAUAAGAUUGUUGAGGAGGCCACUCGAGGUUCUGGACUCACCUUUGCGGGGUCAGUCUCUCAUAAUUAA